UUCUAUAUUCUUCACAAUGGAUCCCUGGGCGGAUAGUUCUCCUCUGCUUCCCCCAUCCCCCAGUAGUUUAAGGGAUAUAGUGGUAGUAUACUAGCUACCACUGUAAAAUAUAAUCUCUGUGUACUUUGGCUUUUCUUUACCUUGCAAAUUGGCUAACCCUGGGCUUAGUUGGAGUGAAAAUACUCCAUUUCAUGGAGAACUACACAGGAUGUAGGAUAGAAAGUCACCUAUCAAUAUUACCUUUGGAAAAGAGUGAGAGAAUUUAUCAGGAAAUAAAAUGAAAUAUUUAGGAAACAUUUGUAUGAUAUAUAUUUAUAGGAACUACUUCAUAAUUUCAGUUAACUUUGCUGAAGACAUAUAUCAGGCAGUUCCCAAAUAAUUCAGAUCCAGGGUGAUGUGAAUGACAAAAACAGUACAUCAGUAAAUACUCUACAAAUACUCUACAGUGCAUCAGUAAGCACUCCAUGAAGGGUCUGGCACCUGUUUGUUUGUGGAAAAAGUCCAUUAAGACCCAAAAUCAAAAGUUGGGUAAAAGAGCCAAUCUCCCUAGCAAAUUAUUUAGCUUUUCUUCAAGUAGGGUAGUUUGUCUGAUCACUGCAAACAGCACAUGGGCUCUGGAUCUUUGUUAACCAGGGAGACAACCCACUUUCACCAGGUUUACAUGGCAUAGCAAACCACACCAGUGAGGGCAACUGAAGGAAAUUGUGUCAGUAUGUGACCCACAGUAUGUACAGUGCGAUUAACAAGCCAUGUGACUGUGCAAAUGCAGUCAUUUUGACAUGCACUGCGUGAGCAGAAAGUUUAAAUAGUCAAAGGCAGCUUAAAUCUAGUAAAGACAGUAAUUCCUGUAAAUAGUCGCUUAUUGAAAAAGUGACUGGUACGAAUCAAGGGACAUAAUCUUACCCUGUACUGUGGUUGAUCUAACCUUCCUGGUUGUAACCAAUUGGCUGUGGAAUGGUCUUCCCACUGAAAUCUACCUGGCACCAAUAUUGUCAUCUUUUGACACGAGGCAUCUGAUAGCAUAUGAUGAGAUUGUAAUGCCAAUUGUUAUAUCAGGUCCCAGAAUGUUAUUGUAACUGCUUUUUCAGCUGUUUUAAGCUGUUCUUACGCCUUACAUGUUAGAAUUUUUUAAAAAUCAUGUCCUUGGAUUGUAAUUUUUAGACUUACUGAUAGACUUUUUGCCAACAGAAAUGGAAUGAAAAAAAUCAGGGCUCAGGACCUCCCUCAAACAACCCCCCGCAAAUCCUGCAACACUGCUCUUUUUCUGUCCCACGUGCCUGCUGGGCAAGACUGAGGAUUCACUGAAGACCUCUUGAGAUAUUGUCAAUUAUGGUCAGCAACAUUCCAGGUGCAAGAGAUAUUUCUAAGGUGCCUGACCCCUAUACUACAGACUCAAGUAUCUGAUAUUCUGCCCCUCAAUGUUCAGGGCACUGAAGAAGACCCAAUAGGUCAGGUUACGAUUUGAGGCAGAAAAGAUCUAGCUGAGAGAAAUGGCACUUUGCCCAAUGGUACUGGGAGAAGUAGCUCUGGGAAUACACUUCCCCUAAUAGUGCUCAAGGAGAUAGUACUUGCUUUAUAAUCCAAGUGAGCAUUAUGAGCUGGAGUAUAAAUUCAUAUUCCAAGUCAGGUGAGUAUAAACUUUGGUGAUACUUUUCUUAGCACAUACUGCUUGUUGUUAUCCUGAAGAUUAUAUGCUUAAAAUGUUUUAUAGCUCUGCACCCAGCAAUGUUCUAACAUCAUUUUCCAUUUCAUCAGAACAAAUUUCUUACAUAACACGAGCCUAGCAUUCUUGGAAGGGGCAAGUUAAAUAUCUGGGACACUCUGCACCCAUUGCAUAAGCCAGAGAAAAUCUGAGCAAACCUUUAAAGUUCUGUAAUGAUGCGGUCCCAAAACCAUAAAGAAGCAAAGAUGUUAGUGGUCACUGGAAGAUGUUCAUUUGCCACCUUAAGGACAGCAUCAUUAGCUCUCCAAAAUUUGAACAUAUAAUUGCUUUUAUACUCAUUAACAUCCCUCCAUGUAACUAACAGCUAUGUGCAGAAGUUAAGCAGAUGGAAAAGGUUUUGGGGAGCGAAACCUGAUUGACAACAAGUGUCCUCAUUCCAAGUAAACUUUUAUACAUUGGCAUCUUUUCCCCACUAGGAAGUCUGUUUGUAGUAAAGACAUCUUUUAAACUCCAUGCAACGCUGAUAUGCUUUGUCUGAAGAGCAUUUUUUAUGUGUUUUGAUUUUUGUAAUCAUUUUUCCACAUUUCAUGUUUAUAGUUUUACAGCACCCGCUCGCCCUCCCCCACUGAGUGUUGCCACAUGACCCCAUGGAGUAGAAAGGUAUUGGAAGAACACUAAAAUAACAGCCUCUUGUUCAUUCUAUCCCUUUCAAUCCCUAAUCCUUUCUCUUGCUUGCUUUUUGGCUGACUAACUUUGUUGUCUUUGUUGUUGCACUCUUAUCAACAAGAAGCACCAACUUUCCUGCCCUCCACCGUACAAAAAAAAGGAAAAAACUUGGUGUAAGUUUAAUAGGCUUAGUCGUUCCAAUUACUAAUUAGCUUUAAAGGCACGGACCAAAUUUGUCUCUAAGGGAUUCUGCAUAUUGCUGAAAAAUAGGCAGAGAUUUUGGAAAACCACAAGACACCCAAAAGACACUGACGCAAAGCAAGUAUCUGUUCUCGGGACUGUUAUCACUGCUAUUGUUUGCUGAAGAGCAGCACUGGCAGACAGUCCGAGCUUGUGGUCAGGUCACUUCACUUUCUUUGUCCAGCAUGCUAUUGUUAUGCAGGGAAGGAAUCAGCCACAAAAUACAGGCUAUGUGGAGCUUUUUUUUAUGCACCAACUUUUUUUUCAGAUGUUACCUAGGAAACAAAGUCUUUUGUGCUAGUAGUUUAUAUGAGCUAUUCAUGUCUGCUGGGAACGGCACAAAAGCUGAACAGAUAAAGGAAGCUGCAAUGUUUUUCUGACCCAGGGAUGGAAAAAAAUACUUUGGGGGAAGAUGGGUCCCUUUUAUUUUUCUUUUUUGGGCGGGUAGUUUUGCAGAUGAUUCUGACAAGUCCCACCUUCCGGAGGAAGAAGAUACAGAUGUCAUGUUAGGGCAGAGGCCGAAAAAUCCAAUACAUAAUAUCCCUUCUACACUGGAUAAGCAAACGAAUUGGAGCAAAGCACUACCUCUCCCAACUCCAGAGGAGAAAAUGAAACGAGAUGCCCAAGUGAUUUCCUCUUGCAUUAUCCCCAUCAAUGUCACUGGAGUUGGUUUUGACAGAGAGGCUAGUAUACGCUGCUCUCUUGUUCAUUCACAAUCCGUACUACAGAGGAGACGGAAAUUGAGAAGGAGGAAAACCAUCUCUGGCAUCCCCAGAAGAGUCCAACAAGAAAUAGAUUCUGACGAAUCACCAGUAGCAAGAGAACGGAAUGUGAUUGUGCAUGCAAAUCCCGACUUCUCUAAUAACAUCAACAGGAGAUCAGGUACCAGGGACUCUGAGUGCCAAACAGAAGAAAUUCUCAUUGCUGCCCCAUCCCGGAGAAGAAUCCGCGCUCAGAGGGGUCAGAGUGUAGUAGCUUCCCUGUCUCAUUCAGCUGGCAACAUAUUGGUGCUGACAGACAACGGUGACACCAUGUUUACAACAUCAGUGAGCAACCGUGUCCGAUCAAGGAGUCUUCCUCGUGAAGGUGCUAGAGCCAAUGAAGUCGACCACAACACUGGUGCCAAAAUGUCAGUGUAUGAUGCAGAACACUUUUUAGCAAGCCAGGAAAGAAUUUCCACAAACAGUAAAGAUGCCAUUAACAGCCAAUGCUCUAAGGAACAUCAUCCCAUAGGUUUAUCUUGUUCUCAGCAUAUGCAUAGUCCAGAUCAUAACUCAAAUGAAAGGGGAAGGUCAAGGCUAUCAAGGAUGGCCGAUUCAGGAAGCUGUGAUAUUUCAUCAAACUCUGACACCUUUGGAAGCCCCAUCCACUCUAUUUCAACAGCUGGGGUACUUCUCAGCAGUCAUAUGGACCAGAAAGAUGACCAUCAAUCAUCCAGUGGGAAUUGGAGUGGAAGUAGCUCAACAUGUCCUUCUCAGACUUCAGAAACUAUUCCUCCUGCUGCCUCUCCCCCACUGACUGGUUCUUCACACUGUGAUUCAGAAUUAUCACUGAACAUCGCCCCAAAUGCCAAUGAAGAUUCAAGUGUCUUCAUAACAGAACACUACAGUGAUCAGAUUGACAAGGUUAGAGUCCACAGAGCAAGUUCGUUCACCUCCACUGUAGCUGAUCUGCUUGACGACCCUAACAACAGUAACACGAGUGACAGUGAAUGGAAUUACUUGCAUCAUCAUCAUGAUGCAUCCUGCCGUCAAGAUUUCAGCCCUGAACGCCCAAAAGCUGACAGCCUGGGAUGCCCAAGUUUUACCAGCAUGGCCACUUACGAUAGUUUUAUAGAGAAGCCUCCAUCUGACAAAGCAGACACAAGCUCACACUUUUCCGUUGAUACUGAAGGCUACUAUACCUCCAUGCACUUUGACUGCGGUCUCAAGGGAACUAAAAGUUAUAUUUGUAACUAUGCAGCUGUGGGCUCUGAGAGUGGCCAGAAUGCAAGUGUUGCUUCCAGCCUCACUAACUGCGCCUGGCAGGAUUAUGUAAGUCAUAGAAGGCAAGGAACACAGAGCAUUUCUCUAAAGAAACCAAAGGCAAAGCCAGCCCCACCAAAACGCAGUUCAUCUUUAAGGAAAUCUGACAGCAGCACGGAUCUUCCUGAGAAGAAAGAACCAAAGAUAAGCAGUGGGCAGCAGCACAUGUCGCAGACUUGCAGGGAAAUGAAGCUGCCCCUCGAAUUUUCAAACACACCUUCAAGAGUGGAAAAUGCUAAUCUGCCAAGCAAACAGGAACUCACCUGGGAUAAUCCGGAUGAGAGUGGAUUAAAAGACAUUCCAUUUGAUGCCAUGGACAUCCCAUCAUUUAAGGAUGAAGGUGCUGAACAAUCUCACUAUGCAGAUCUCUGGCUUCUAAACGACUUGAAAUCUAAUGAUCCCUAUAGGUCUUUAUCCAAUUCUAGCACUGCUACGGGUACUACAGUCAUAGAAUGCAUAAAAUCGCCAGAAAGUUCAGAAUCGCAAACAUCGCAAUCUGGGUCAAGAGCCACCACUCCUUCCCUGCCUUCUGUUGAGAGUGAAUUUAAAUUAGCAUCCCCAGAAAAGUUGGCUGGUUUAGCUUCUCCCUCAAGUGGUUACUCCAGUCAGUCUGAAACACCAACAUCAUCUUUUCCUACUGCUUUUUUUUCUGGACCCUUAUCCCCAGGGGGAAGUAAAAGAAAGCCAAAAGUACCAGAAAGGAAGUCUUCACUACAGCAACCUUCUUGUAAAGAUAGCAACAUAUCUCUAAACAAAGAUCUAGAACUUCCAGUUAUACCUCCUACUCAUCUUGACCUAAGUGCUCUUCAUAAUGUCUUGGAUAAACCAUAUGCUCACAGACACCAUCUACAUGCUUUUAAUAACAAUAAACCCAACAUGGUCGAAGAAGCACUGAAUUCCAAUUCUCCACCAGCCCUUGCUAUUACACCUUCAGUUCUGAAGUCUGUACAUCUUCGAUCAAUCAAUAAGCCUGAAGAAGCAAAACAAAAAGACAACAAAGACCUUCUCCACUUUCAAGGCAACUCUUUAAUGGUGACUGCCAUUUCUUCAGGUAAAAUUAAACCACAUGUAAGUAAGAUAUCACGCCAAUACUCCAUGGAAGAUGCCAUAGUUUCCUAUAUUAAUGUCUCUCCGGUACAGAUAAGCCCUGAACAACUGCAAGCAGAAAGCAGUUUGACCUUCAGUGAAAAAAAUGCCUGUCAAGAGACCCUAACCUCAUUCGACAUGGGUGCUUCAGCAGCUAAAUAUGUAACAGAUCAAAUGCAUCCAGUUCAUGAUUUUUUACUGGACAGUACAGUCAAUAAAGCCUGUGGCAGUUCUGCUGAAAGGUUUCCACAAGGCACAGAGGUCCUCUCAAACAAUUCUGAAGGGAAGAUGACUAUUUGUGGAUCAGAUCAGGAUAAGGCUCCUGACUCUGUGCAGCUUCAGCAAGAAUUACCUGCACACUGUGAACAAAAUUUGGAAUAUGAACCUCUACAUGAAAAUAUACCACAAUCCGACUCCUCAACUUGGGGAGCAGAUAUUAGUUAUCAGCUAAAGCAUCGGCUUGAUCUAAGCCAGCGUGAUGACAAAGUGCCUGGGAAUAUCAGCUAUGAGUCAGAAAUCUCAACUGUAGAUUCACUCAGUGAACAAUGUUCUGAGCAGGAAAAUGAUACUGCAUCAGGUAUUCCAACCAGAAGUGCCUCAGAUGACAAUGAAAGCAAAACAGCUGAGACACAAGGAACUCCAGAUGAUGUCUUAAAAGAAUCUUCUCUGAGUGAUGAUACCAUAGUCUCGCCUUUAAGUGAAGAUUCUCAGGCUGACGCAGAAGACGUUUUUGUCUCCCCAAAUAAACCUCGAACGACAGAAGAUUUAUUUGCAGUUAUUCACCGGUCAAAAAGGAAAGUGCUUGGACGGAAGGAUUCUGGAGACCUUUCUGCAAGGAACAGGUUGCGAAAUUCAUCUAGUACUAGCAGUGUGCCUGCAGCCAGCAGUGCAUCACCUGCAACGACUGCUCCCCCCAGCACUAAUGUGGGAAGCCCAGCAAGCAGCCAGAGAUCUCCUGGACUCAUUUACAGGAAUGCCAAAAAGUCCAACACAUCGAAUGAAGAAUUCAAACUGUUGCUCCUGAAAAAGGGUAGCCGGUCAGAUUCUAGCUAUAGGAUGUCGGCCACUGAGAUACUGAAGAGUCCUAUUUCGCCUAAAGCUCCUGGAGAACCAAUUGGGGAUGCUCUUCCAAAUGCUGAUGAGUCUCCCCAAGCCUCAUCAAGUGCUGAAGCAUCAGCUCCGCUUUCUCCUUGCGCUCCCAGAAUAAACGCCGAAGGGUUUUCUUCCAAAAGUUUUCCUACAUCAGCAUCUUCAAGAGUAGGACGGUCACGGGCACCCCCUGCAGCCAGCAGCAGCCGGUACAGCGUCCGCUGCAGACUGUACAACACCCCAAUGCAAGCCAUUUCAGAAGGAGAAACGGAGAAUUCUGAUGGGAGCCCUCACGAUGAUCGAUCAUCUCAGAGUUCCACAUAGGCUACAUAGGGAGGGACUAGAGCACAUAUCUGACUGUUAAAUAGAUGAACUCUGCAUUCACUUAGCUCAUGUGAAUAUAAUAGGCCAAUGCUGUAGCAGUCAAAUACCAUGCAGGGCAAUAUUGAUGCUUGAAAAUGCAAAGGAUUGCUCUAAGACUGGAAGAAGAGAAAAUGAUCUGUAGCUAUUUAUUACUUCACAUUUUCUAUAAGUAGAAACAUAUAUUAAAUGGUUAACUUGGGUUAACUUUCAUUUUUCUCAUGUUUCCUGUCAUCAGUGUAGGUUUGCAUUAUCCAUUUUUCAGAAUUCCCUCUUCCUCCCCAAAGAUGCCAUUUAGAAUUAAAAAAUUACCUUCACUGUUGUGCUU